AUGAGCCUUGUAGAGUACUCCGAUAGUGAAAGUGAAAGUGAAAGUGAAAAUAAUAAUAAUAAUAACUGCUCUUCUAAUCAAAAAGAAUCUCCUAAAAAAAUUAACUCAUCAAAUCUACCACUUAAAUCAUUAAAAUCAUUAAACCCAUUAAACCCACCUCUUCCUCCUCCACCAACAGCCUUUCUGGAUCUUUAUGACCUCCCACCAAGACUAAGCAAAGCUUUCCACAAUCGGCCCCGUACAAUCCAACACACCCCAGGAUCAUAUCCUUCCCAUAUCUAUCUUUCAUGGAGACCUUCCCAUCAACAACUCUCUAAUCUCACUUCCAUUCUGAAAUCAUGUCUUGAACAACUAUCUGUAUCCCAACCACAUCCCCUCCUUCACCUCAACCAUCAACAUCACUCGCUUCUCAGAUCUACAACUGGUGCCCCACAACCUCUCCACGUGAGUCUCUCGCAAACUCUUAUGGUUCCUGAAUCCAACUUAAAAGAUUUCCGUUCUACCGUAGAGCAAGCUUUUAAACCAGAAGAGAAAGAGAAAGAGAAAAAAAUUGAUGAAAUAACUCUUCAAUUGGGACCAAGUUGGACUCUUUUACCAAGUUCUGACGGAACCCGCACAUUUAUAGCCCUUUUAAUUAAUAACGGGGCUUCCAAAACAAAAAUAGCAAAAACGAUUGUGCGGCUCAAUGCGGGUCUCUCUGAACUUAAUAGUAAAAACAACAAUAACAAUAACAACAGUAACAACAAUAACAAUAACAAUAACAACAACAGCAGCAGUAGCAGCAAUAGUAGUAGUAGCAGUAGUAGUCAUAGUAGUAGUAAUAUUAACAACUACUAUCCGGAACAUCCAAGUGAUCUUCCUCAUGUUUCCAUCGGCUGGAUCGACGGGACUUGUGAUUUAGAAACUUUUAAAAUUUUUACUCUUAAAAACGCGUCAUUGGGCGUUCCGCUUUGUGAAGUAACCGCGUGUGUUAAGACUGGGCGCGAUGUUUUCCGUAUUGGGACGUUUUGUAAACAAAUAAAUAAAUAA